UGCUACCUGUACAUCUCCCUAGCCAUCUUCCAAACAGAUCUGACCCGGUAGCCGCAUAUCAGCUGGCCGCCGCUGAAGCAAGAAGAGGACAACAAACCUAUGGAAAGCGUUAUCGCAAAUCUUUUCUGAAAGGGAAUAAAUGAGAAAAUCGCGGUUAUAAAGAGAGAAAGUAGUCUUCAACAGCUAGCGAGACCGCUAAAUGUACCAGAAGUAACGGACCUGGUUCUCAACAAGGUGGAGUUUUGUGAGCGAGGGCUACCCAUCGAUUGCGCUUUACGCUAUUCGGUUACCAGAUGCAGGAACCUGAUCGACAGGUUGCGCGAAGAUAAGAGCUGCCUCUUCUGGAAGUAUUAAACCGUUACACCAGAACAAACAAGCAAAGAAGAACAGUAAAUUGGAUUUCCUAUAUGGAAUUAAAUGAAAGAGUUUUAAAGAAAUAUCAGAUUUUUUUUUUACACACAAUUCGCAUUUAGAUAUGUCUUCUUUAACGAUGUGUGAAUGACUGCUGCAUAUGGAACGAACAGAUCCUGUCAUUUGAAGUGAAGUUUGUGCGUAACAGGUCGCUGAGAACACAACAUUUACAUAGAAGAAGAACUGAUGAAAACGAACCGGGCAGAGUAGCUGAAGAAGAAGGUAGUUAGUUUAAGCAAUAUGGCUGAAUUGUGGGGUAGGGGACACUGUCUGGAACUACUCAAAGAGUCUGGAUGCUAGUUAUAGAACAUGGCAACAUAUCCCUGAGCAUCCGUAGCCUCAGAAUAAUGCCUAAAGGUAAACAGAGUUACUAUCCGGACUCUCCCUCUAUCCGCAUAUCCAAGAUGGAUGUGAUCAUCCCGUUCUCCCCAGAUGUGCCCUGUGAUAGCAACGGGCAGCGCAUGUGGUGGGCUUUCCUUGCCUCCUCCAUGGUUACGUUCUUUGGUGGUCUCUUCAUCAUUCUGCUCUGGAGAUCUCUCAACUACCUGUGGACCGUCUGCUGCCACUGUAAUACCAAAAAAAAGAAUGUUCAUCGGGUCCAUCACCCUAUCUCCCAUGGGGAUGGCGUCAAGCACACCAAGGAGACGGUGGCUGCACUCAGCGAGGUGGGCUGGAUGACCUCCGUCAAAGAUUGGGCCGGGGUCAUGAUAUCAGCCCAGACACUGACGGGCAGAGUCCUGGUGGUGCUUGUCUUUGCCCUCAGCAUCGGAGCCCUUGUAAUAUACUUCAUCGAUUCCUCUGACCCCAUCGAGUCCUGUCAGAACUUCUACAAAGACUUCACGCUACAGAUCGACAUGGCUUUCAACGUCUUCUUCCUCUUGUACUUUGGUCUACGGUUCAUAGCGGCCAAUGACAAGCUGUGGUUCUGGCUGGAGGUGAACUCGGUGGUAGACUUCUUCACUGUUCCCCCGGUGUUCGUGUCCGUCUAUCUCAACAGGAGCUGGCUUGGCUUACGGUUUUUAAGGGCCUUAAGAUUGAUACAGUUCUCAGAAAUCUUACAGUUUUUGAAUAUAUUAAAAACAAGCAAUUCCAUAAAACUGGUGAACUUGUGUUCAAUCUUCAUAAGCACAUGGCUAACAGCUGCAGGCUUCAUACAUUUGGUGGAAAAUUCAGGGGAUCCUUGGGAAAACUUCCAAAACUCCCAGUCACUUUCCUACUGGGAAUGUGUCUACUUACUGAUGGUUACCAUGUCCACUGUGGGCUAUGGAGACGUGUAUGCCAAAACUACCCUGGGACGACUUUUCAUGGUGUUCUUCAUCCUCGGUGGUUUGGCCAUGUUUGCGAGCUACGUCCCUGAAAUCAUAGAGUUAAUAGGAAACCGCAAGAAAUAUGGUGGUUCCUAUAGUGCUGUUAAUGGGAGAAAGCACAUCGUGGUCUGUGGUCAUAUUACCCUUGAAAGUGUGUCCAACUUCCUUAAAGACUUCCUACACAAGGACAGGGAUGAUGUCAAUGUAGAAAUUGUUUUUCUCCAUAAUAUUUCCCCUAAUCUUGAGCUGGAAGCCUUGUUCAAGCGGCACUUCACCCAGGUGGAGUUCUACCAGGGAUCUGUUCUCAACCCACACGACCUGGCCAGAGUCAAGAUAGAGUCAGCAGAUGCCUGUUUGAUCCUAGCUAAUAAAUACUGUGCAGACCCUGAUGCUGAGGAUGCUUCCAACAUCAUGAGGGUGAUAUCCAUCAAGAACUACCACCCGAAGAUCAGAAUCAUUACCCAGAUGUUGCAGUACCACAACAAGGCCCACCUUUUGAACAUUCCCAGUUGGAACUGGAAGGAGGGUGACGAUGCCAUUUGCCUUGCUGAGCUGAAGCUUGGCUUCAUCGCACAGAGUUGUCUGGCUCAGGGCCUCUCCACCAUGCUGGCCAACCUCUUCUCCAUGAGGUCCUUUAUCAAGAUUGAAGAAGACACGUGGCAGAAGUAUUACCUGGAAGGAGUAGCCAAUGAAAUGUACACUGAGUACCUGUCUAGUGCCUUUGUGGGCUUAUCCUUCCCCACCAUUUGUGAACUCUGCUAUGUGAAGCUAAAGCUGCUACUGAUCGCUAUCGAGUACAAGUCUAAUAUACGGGAAAGCAGCACUCUCAUCAACCCCGGGAACCAUGUGAAGAUGCAGGAAGGAACCUUGGGGUUCUUUAUCGCCAGCGAUGCCAAAGAAGUUAAGAGGGCACUUUUCUACUGCAAAGCUUGCCACGAUGACAUCACAGAUCCUAAAAGGAUAAAGAAAUGUGGAUGCAAACGAUUGGAAGAAGAGCAGCAGUCAGCUGUUUCGCCUAAAAAGAAACAAGGCAAUGGAAACACGAGGAACUCACCCAACGGUUCACCAAAAAUGAUGAGGCAUGACCCUCUCCUCAUGCCGGGGAACGAACAGAUCGAGAACAUGGACGUGAACGUGAAGAAGUACGACUCCACAGGGAUGUUCCACUGGUGCCAGUCUAAAGACAUCGAGAAGGUCAUCUUGACCCGGAGCGAAGCUGCCAUGACUGUUCUCAGCGGCCACGUGGUCGUCUGUAUAUUUGGAGACGCAAAGUCCGCGUUGGUGGGCCUUAGGAACCUUGUGAUGCCUCUGAGAGCUAGCAACUUCCACUACCACGAGCUGAAACCCAUCGUGUUUGUGGGUUCUCUGGAGUACCUGAAGAGGGAAUGGGAGACCCUUCACAACUUCCCCAAAGUCUCCAUCUUACCUGGCACACCAUUGAGCCGGGCCGAUCUGAGGGCCGUCAAUAUCAACCUCUGUGACAUGUGUGUCAUCCUGUCGGCCAAUCAGAGCAAUAUCGACGACGCUUCACUGCAGGACAAGGAAUGUAUCCUGGCAUCACUCAACAUCAAGUCUAUGCAGUUUGACGACAGCAUCGGGGUGUUGCAGGCCACCUCCCAAGGUUUCACCCUGCCAGGCAUGGACAGGUCCUCUCCUGAAAGCAGCCCAGUUCACGGGGGGUUGGUCCGACAGGCUUCCAUCACAACAGGAGCCAAUGUCCCCAUCAUCACUGAACUAGUGAAUGACUCCAAUGUUCAGUUCCUGGACCAGGAUGACGACGACGACCCUGACACAGAGUUGUACCUCACUCAGCCCUUCGCCUGUGGGACGGCUUUCGCAGUCAGCGUGCUGGAUUCCCUGAUGAGUGCUACAUACUUCAAUGAUAAUAUCCUCACCCUGAUCCGGACGCUGGUAACAGGGGGGGCCACUCCGGAGCUGGAGGGUCUGUUGGCGGAGGAGAACGCAUUACGGGGAGGCUACAGCACGCCGCAGACCCUCGCUAACCGGGACAGGUGUCGUGUUGCACAGCUAGCCUUGUACGACGGGCCUUUCGCUGACUUGGGGGAUGGUGGUUGCUACGGUGACUUGUUUUGUAAAGCGUUAAAAACAUACAACAUGCUUUGCUUUGGAAUUUACCGAUUGAGGGACGCCCAUCUAAACACACAAAGUCAUACAAGUCAAUGCACUAAACGAUAUGUAAUAACCAACCCACCGUAUGGUUUUGAGCUGGUGCCAUCAGACCUGAUCUUCUGCCUGAUGCAGUUUGACCACAACGCGGGUCAGUCCCAGGCCAGCCUCACCCAUAGCUCCCACUCCUCCCAUUCCUCCAGCAAAAAGAGCUCCUCCGUCCAUUCUAUCCCCGCCACCAACCGCACCAACCGCACCAAGAGCAGGGACUCACGGGAUAAACAAAAAGAACGUACAUGCUUUAUAGAUGAGCCUGAGAACCCAGCCUACCCCAGGAAGUCACACUCUAGUCACACAGCCAACCACCAGGUCACCCACCAAGUCAACCAGAACCCUUACAAAUCCACCAACAACCUCAUCCCGUCCAUCAGAGAGGUGGAGGACGAAUACUGAACUACAGAACCCAAUGUUGAGACCUACCGUACAACCCACCUGGAGAACACCUGGAACUAGAACACAAGAACAGCUAGAACCCACCUACAGAACACCUGGAACUAGAACAGCUAGAACCCACCUACAGAACACCUGGAACUAGAACACAAGAACAGCUCGAACCCACUUACAGAACACCUGGAACUAGAACCCAAGAACAGCUAUAACCCAACUAGAGAACGCAUGGAACUAGAACACAAGAACAGCUAGAACCCACCUAGAGAACGCAUGGAACUCGACCUUGAUCCAGUGGAACUGGAAUCUGAAGAACAAUUUAAAGCUAGGAUCCUUAGUUGCUACAUCAAUUUAUGGACUUAUAAAUGAAUGAUCAAAACAUCUAUGCUGCAUAAUAAACCUCAUGGAAAAGUGCGUAUGUACAGUAGCUACAGUAACAUCAUACCAACAGGCUUCUUGACAUGUUCUAUACAUGUACAUGAAGUAAUAGACAUAUAAAUACAAUCCGAUGUCAAUCAGAUGUACAAGUCAGUCAGUCACUCAUGCUAACACUGUAGUUUACACAGCCAGUUCCAUAGUGACCAGACUCCAUCAGUUGAACCAUUUUGGAGAAUGAGGGUCGCUUCAGUCAGAGUAGCAAAGCAACGCAAUGCCAGAUAACAUAUGAUGAAACAUUAUAAUGGAGUGUUAUCAAACUGGACUGAUUAUUUGCCAAUAAAAACCAUAUAUACGUU